UAUUUGAUUUAGGUCUCACAAUUCUAGGUUUGUGGUUUCGUUUUAGUUUCAUGAUGACGUCACCAACUAUGACGUCAAACAUCACUGGAUGUAAUGUGACGUCAACAUAUUCACCGGAAUUCAUUAUUGACAACCAAUACGAUUGUGACGCAAUGUUUGAGAGCUUCUUAUCCAGCCAGAGGUUGGUUUUCGAUUCAUACCACCUGACCCGUAUUUGGGUCACGUGGGUUAUCUUCUUCAUCUCAUUGGCUGGGAAUCUAACCGUGCUCGUCAGCGUCACCGUGAUGAGGAAAACACAGUCGUACAGUCAUUGUCAGUUGAUUAUGACGCAUCUGUCUCUGGCUAACCUUGCGUUUACUUUGUUUAUAUUACCUAUGGAUGCAAUUUGGAAUUACACGCUUGAGUGGUUAGCAGGUGACGUCAUGUGUCGUGUCAUGAACUCACUCAAGCAAUUCGCGAUGUAUAUUUCGUCGGCUAUGAUUAUGGUAAUGGGGGUAGACAGGGUCACCGGGUUAUUACGCCCAGUAUCAGCGAACCAACAGCGACGACGAAUCGUUAAGUUUCUCACAGUAGCUUGGGUGUUCAGUUUCAUCAAUUCCAUUCCCCCGUCGGUGAUGUUCUCUGCUGGCCCCUACUGGCCAAUGCGUUGCGAAUGUCCCAACCACUAUGUGGUGCAAUGCGUCGACUUUCAUUUGAUAAAGAAAGGGCGUGAAAUCUUCUACAUUUACUCGAUGUUCAUUUCCUUCUUCAUUCCAUUGUAUUGCAUCAUCAUAUGUUACCUCAUAAUCGCAUUCUCAAUAGCGAAGAUGGCGAAGAGGGCAAAAGCAACCGAACUCCAAUCUUCUGGCUUCCGUCCUCCUUCGAGUCGUAAAAGUUUGGCGCGCCGAAGUUUACAGCGAGCUAAGAAGAUCUCUCAACUGGUGACCGGGCUCAUCACCAUCACAUUCGUUAUUUGUUGGGGACCUUACUAUGUUGUUGGGUUGAUGCAUUGGUUUAAUGAACAACGUAUUGAACGUUUGCCUGAGGGGAUAAUGUUAAUGUCAUUGUAUUUGAACCCGUGUCUCCACCCCUUCAUCACUGUUUGUUUGAUGAAGGAGAUCCGAGAAAAUAUUUGUCGGAAACCGAACUGUAGCCUUGCUACUCCAAGAUUUCUAUUGAAUGAGACGGACCGCACCCAGCUCAGCACCGCCACCAAGCGGGAGAAACGCAACCGAAUCAUCGUCAGCAAAUUCAAGAAAGAUUCCAAUAAAGUCACACUGAUUGAUGAGCAGCCAAGAGAUGUGUAAGCGACCAACUCACAGACCAUAAGACCUUGUGUACAAACAGUAUUACGUCACCGUGACGUAAGGAGUCUGUGCGCUUCUCAGUCGUGUAUAAUUUUAUUGUUACGUCAUGUGUGAUCUGUGUCGUCAUAAAGAAAUAAAAUGUUUGAAUGCA